AUCUGUUCAUAAUGAUCGUUAUUUACUCUUCCUCUGAUAUUCUGGUCCAGACCAGCCUUUUUGGUGCGUAACCCUUCGAACACCACCCAACGGCUUGCUCCCUGGGUUCAAUUCUCCUACAUAAACCUGCCUCAUUAAAACAUCCACAGAUCAUUUGAGAUUAGUUCAUAAUUACAAAGAAGCUGGGCAUCGAGCUUUACUGUCAAAAUGCUUUUUUCUUUUCUCUUGGUGGGGAGAAAGUUAGUUGGGUGGUGUCAUUUUUCCUGCCAGGACAUAGGUUGCAGGUAGGAGUGUUGUUCGAAGGGUUUAUGCACCACAGACACUUUGAGGUAUAAGUACACUAUAGUGUUGCUUGCCCUGAAGUUUUCCUUCUCACUUUUCUAUUAUUCCAUAGUAGGCUAUAUUCUACCUAUUUGCCCUAUGACAUGUCUGCUAGACACCCAUGAUGUGCUUAAGACAGCAAUGUAUCAGUAGAUUCCUGGUAUCAAACAAGAGUGGAACUCUUUAAAAAAUACAAAAUAAAAGCCACCUGUGGACAAGCAUUACAGUUUACUAUACUUAUUGUAGUUGGCCCAAAGCCUAAAAAGGUGAAAUGAAGGGCCAAUGAAAGCUUAGAUUUUCUGACAUAUAGACUAAUAUUUUUAAACCUUUAUGCCCGUGGGUGAUCACAAAUUAGGAAGUUAGUAAGAGCAAAACCACAUCACUUAAGAUCAGAUUAUGGGAGGGAAUUGAUUCUGAAUCAGGCAAAACAUUUUGCAUGUAGUCCCAGACAGAGGAAUCUUUACAAAACUGUUGUGUAAAUAUAUUUCUAUUUUAUGAUAAUAAAAUAGAGAUAUAUCUAUUGAAGAAUCUGUGUACCAAGAUUCCACAGGCCCAUACUAACUGUCCUUAAUUUCUCUCCUACAGCAGUACUGCUAUGCCAGUCCUGUCUGCACUCUCUUAAGGGUGCAGCAACUCGUCCUGUGUAGGUUAUGGUCAACAGAAAGAAGCGUGUUUGUCAGUUAAAUCAAGACUAUAGUUGGAAGUUCUGGCCUGGUGUGAGGCCAAAGGGUCUGUCAGGGGAAACCACCAUGGCUUCACAGAAACUUUUUUACUUUUUUGAAAGUGAUAAAUAUAUUUUAAAGCAUCAUAAAGGGAAUUUGUCACAACUUCAUGCCAUACCCUCUCAUUUCAGUUUGUUUUAACCAAUUCAUCGUAGUAUUUUUAUUUAAUGAGGAUAGUUCCACACUUAUACACACAAAUUUGCAUUUUCAGUCCUUCAUUUCAGAAUUUAUCUAUCUAUGAAUAUUCCCCAAAGUGUUUAGUGUCUCUUACUGCAACACGUACACUUCAUAUUAUUCUAAGUUGGACCAAUUAGAGGUUUGAGUACUACAAGGUUUUUUCCCCCCUUGUUUAUAAAUGAGUGACAAGAACAGAACAGGUGGUAUGCUAUUUUGUGUGAGUUCAAACCCUUUUCCAAAGUGUUACUAAUGGUAAAGAGAAAUUUUCUAGGCUUCUUUUCUGCCGGUUGAAGUCUGACUGCAGAGGGACCCUUGGCACUGAAAGUGGGGCAAAACACCGGACCCCAAGAUGCAGGUCAGGACGUACAUGGAUGUUAUGAAGGAGCAGCAUCUCUCCAAAGAAGAGAGAGAGAUCAGGCUGCAGAUGCUAGAGAAAGCAAAAUCUGGGGAGCUGAAAGCAGUGAACGGAUCUGCUGCAUCUCAGGCUGCCAUAGCCAAACGUAAACGUCGCUGGGACCAGACAGCUGACCAAACCCCCAGCAAUUCCACACCCAAAAAAGUCUCCAGCUGGGACCAGGCAGAUGGAGCUGUUGAAACACCAGGACACACACCUGGACACACACCUUCCAACAGUCGUUGGGAUGAAACACCUGGCCGUUCCAAAGGUAGUGAGACUCCAGGAGCUACACCUAGUUCCCGUAUGUGGGAGCCCACACCAAGCCACACCCCGGCCGGAGCUACCACGCCUGGUCGAGACACCCCUGGGCAUGCUACUCCUGGCCAUGGAGGGGCUACCUCCAGUGUGCGCAAGAACCGCUGGGAUGAGACGCCAAAAACGGAGAGAGAGACACCUGGUCAUGGCAGCGGCUGGGCUGAGACCCCACGCACUGACAGAGGAGAUGAGUCAGUGGGCGAGACACCUACCCCAGGGGCAAGCAAGAGGAAGUCAAGAUGGGAUGAAACGCCAUCCAGUCAAAUGGGAUCAUCAACACCUAUUCUCACUCCUGGAAAGACCCCACUGGGAACACCUGCUAUGAACAUGGCCACACCCACUCCAGGGCACCUGAUGAGCAUGACUCCAGAACAGCUGCAGGCUUGGCGCUGGGAGCGAGAGAUUGACGAGAGGAACCGCCCACUGACUGAUGAAGAGCUUGAUGCCAUGUUUCCAGAAGGAUACAAAGUACUGCCCCCACCAGCAGGCUAUGUGCCCAUUCGCACCCCUGCCCGUAAGUUAGCCGCCACCCCCACCCCAAUUGGAGGCAUGACUGGCUUCCACAUGCAAACAGAGGACCGAUCUAUGAAGCAAGUCAACGACCAACCCUCUGGAAACCUGCCCUUCCUCAAGCCAGAUGACAUCCAGUACUUUGACAAACUAUUGGUUGAAGUUGAUGAGUCCACCCUUAGUCCAGAAGAACAGAAAGAACGCAAGAUCAUGAAGCUUCUCUUGAAGAUUAAGAAUGGAACACCUCCCAUGAGAAAGGCGGCUCUACGCCAAAUCACAGAUAAGGCCAGAGAGUUUGGUGCAGGGCCCCUCUUUAACCAGAUCCUGCCACUGCUGAUGUCUCCUACACUGGAGGACCAGGAGAGACAUCUUUUGGUGAAGGUCAUCGAUCGUAUCCUCUACAAACUAGAUGACUUGGUUCGACCUUACGUCCACAAGAUUCUUGUGGUGAUUGAGCCCUUGCUAAUUGAUGAAGAUUACUAUGCUAGAGUAGAAGGUAGAGAGAUCAUCUCCAACUUGGCAAAGGCUGCCGGUCUGGCCACCAUGAUCUCAACCAUGAGGCCUGACAUUGACAACAUGGAUGAGUAUGUGAGAAACACGACAGCUCGUGCUUUUGCUGUCGUGGCGUCUGCCCUGGGCAUUCCAUCUCUCCUGCCUUUCCUCAAGGCUGUUUGUAAGAGCAAGAAAUCCUGGCAGGCUCGUCACACGGGCAUUAAGAUUGUACAGCAGAUUGCCAUUCUCAUGGGCUGUGCUAUCCUGCCCCAUCUCCGCAGCUUGGUGGAGAUUAUAGAGCAUGGUCUUGUGGAUGAGCAGCAGAAAGUGCGAACCAUUAGUGCUUUGGCUAUCGCUGCCCUGGCUGAAGCUGCCACACCGUAUGGUAUUGAGUCUUUUGAUUCUGUUCUGAAGCCUCUUUGGAAAGGUAUCAGGCAACAUAGAGGCAAGGGUCUUGCUGCCUUCUUGAAAGCUAUUGGAUACUUGAUUCCUCUUAUGGAUGCCGAAUAUGCCAACUACUAUACCAGAGAAGUGAUGCUUAUCCUCAUUCGAGAGUUCCAAUCUCCAGACGAGGAGAUGAAGAAGAUUGUCCUUAAGGUGGUGAAGCAGUGCUGUGGCACAGAUGGUGUGGAAGCCAAUUACAUUAAAACAGAGAUCUUGCCCCCUUUCUUUAAACAUUUCUGGCAGCACAGAAUGGCAUUGGAUAGGCGCAACUACAGACAGUUGGUGGACACUACAGUGGAGCUGGCCAAUAAGGUGGGGGCAGCGGAGAUCAUCUCCCGUAUUGUGGACGACUUGAAGGAUGAAGCAGAGCAGUACAGAAAGAUGGUAAUGGAGACCAUAGAGAAAAUCAUGGGUAACCUUGGUGCUGCCGACAUUGAUCACAAACUGGAGGAGCAGCUUAUUGACGGUAUCCUGUAUGCCUUCCAAGAACAGACUACUGAGGACUCUGUGAUGCUGAAUGGCUUUGGUACGGUGGUAAAUGCUCUGGGUAAGAGAGUUAAACCAUACUUGCCUCAGAUCUGCGGUACAGUGCUGUGGCGUCUCAACAACAAAUCCGCCAAAGUCCGUCAACAGGCUGCUGACCUGAUUUCUCGUACAGCGGUGGUCAUGAAGACAUGCCAAGAGGAAAAGCUAAUGGGACACUUGGGUGUGGUGUUGUAUGAGUAUCUGGGAGAAGAAUACCCUGAAGUGUUGGGUAGCAUCCUUGGAGCCCUUAAAGCCAUUGUUAAUGUCAUUGGUAUGCACAAAAUGACCCCACCUAUCAAAGACUUGCUUCCACGUUUGACGCCCAUCCUGAAGAACAGGCAUGAGAAGGUGCAGGAGAAUUGCAUUGAUCUAGUGGGUAGAAUUGCUGACAGGGGUGCAGAGUACGUGUCUGCCAGAGAGUGGAUGCGAAUCUGUUUUGAAUUGCUGGAGUUGUUGAAAGCCCACAAGAAGGCCAUCCGCAGAGCAACUGUCAACACUUUCGGCUACAUUGCCAAGGCCAUUGGUCCUCAUGAUGUGCUGGCCACAUUGCUCAACAAUCUAAAGGUACAGGAGCGUCAGAACCGCGUGUGCACAACGGUAGCCAUCGCUAUCGUGGCAGAGACGUGUUCACCUUUCACAGUGCUUCCUGCACUGAUGAACGAGUACCGCGUUCCAGAGCUUAACGUUCAGAAUGGUGUCCUGAAGUCUCUGUCUUUCCUGUUUGAGUACAUUGGUGAAAUGGGAAAAGAUUACAUCUAUGCUGUCACACCUCUGUUGGAGGAUGCUCUAAUGGACCGAGAUCUCGUGCACAGGCAGACAGCCAGCGCUGUGGUGCAGCAUAUGUCUCUUGGCGUUUAUGGUUUUGGCUGCGAGGAUUCUCUUAAUCAUUUGUUAAACUAUGUGUGGCCCAAUGUCUUUGAGACGUCUCCUCAUGUUAUACAAGCUGUAAUGGGGGCUCUUGAGGGUCUGCGGGUGGCGAUCGGACCCUGCCGCAUGCUACAGUAUUGCUUGCAGGGUUUGUUCCACCCUGCUCGCAAAGUCCGUGAUGUGUACUGGAAGAUCUACAACUCCAUCUAUAUUGGCUCCCAGGAUGCAUUGAUUGCACAUUAUCCUCUUGUCUAUAACGAUGAGAAGAACUCAUUUGUUCGCUACGAGUUGGAGUACUACCUGUGAAUAUAUACUACCUGUGCACUCUCAUCUGUAUCUGUCUUAUUCAUGGUUUAUAGGACUUCCAUUUUUUUAUGUUCUUUGGUAGAUUGCAACUAGUACCAUGAAUUCUGUGGUCGAAAAUUUAUUUCUUAUUAAAGAACAGAAAAAGCUGGGGGAAAAAGAAUGUUUUAUGUGAAACUUUGACGUUUCUGUUUUUACAGCAUGGCACCAUGCAAAGUGACCGUUAAAAUAAGAGCAGAUUUGCUGAGGAUUGUGAAACAUUGGUAAAUCUUAAGUUUGAGACUUGUGUCCUGGUCUAUCAAGUUGCUCUCUUGCUCAGUCACAUAUCUGUUCUUAUGUUGAUUAGUUUGGCUGAAUAAACAUUUGUGUAUUAAAAGUUA